AUGUCAAAAAGAGUUAUAAAGUGUUAUGAUCGGAGUGAGAAAAUCGAAGACCAUUUAAUUAUAACUUGCCUUGGAGGACAUGCCAAUCUAUUUGAUUCUCUUUCAACGUUUUCACGUUUUCCUCUAAAUAUUUUGUGAAAAUGAGUGGAAUAGAAAUUUGCGAUUUACCAAAUGAGUUAAUUACUCAAAUUCUUCGCAAUCUCAGUCAAGAUGAUUUACAGAAUGCUAGUUUAACGUGUAAACUAUGGAAAAAUCUUAUCGAAUCGUCGUGCCGAUGGUCAUUGUUGUUGUACCACAACAAUGAAGUUGAUGUUGACGAGCCAUGGAUUGACUUUAUGUUGUCAACAAAUCGAAAAUUUGACACCAUUAAAUUGGACAUGAUAAUGUUCAUGGAUAAGAACAAAACUCUGGAAAUAUUUCAGAAGCAUGGGCCUAGCGUUGUCAAUUUGCACUUGAUGGGAAGCUGUAUCGACAGCUUCAUUGAAUUGGCGAAAGUAUUGAAGUGUAUGCCGAAUUUGAAGCAUGUGAUCGUACUUGAGACGUCAACGACAUGCGGUGUGGAUGAUGUACCACUUCUGUCCGAUUUGCCGGAUCUGCCGAAAUUAAAGACGCUGGAAAUGCUUGGCAGUGAAUACAGCAUCGUAAAAUGCUUUCACAAAUCGAAGCUGACGACGAUGAAAAUUUUCAAUUCCUAUCACGAUUAUUCCUUGAACUGCAAACCGUUGGAGGAGUUUCUAAAAUCUCAGGAAAUGUUGACGACAUUAGCCUUUCGAUCUUUACAUCAACACACGUCAACGAUAUUUCGUACAAAAACUCUGAACCAAUCGAUGCCGUUCAACUUGACGCACCUAUCGUUAUUGAAUUUGCGACUGCAGGAGUCUCCGAAUGGUUACAACAAUAUGUUGGCGUUCAUGAAGCCGCAUGCGAAAACGCUGAAAGUAUUGGAAUUGGGACGCUACUUUCCGAGCUUUGUGUUCGAGUUCGUCUUUGCUAAUAUGACGAGACUGGAGACAAUCACUUUGAUGAUGACUGAAAUACCGAAAGAUGAUUCCUUCCACGAACGGUUGGAAGAGCACCGCAAUAUAAAAAAUUUGAUAUUUUCGAAUUCGGCUGGAUACAACGAUGAAACGUCACAUUUUCUCGGAGAUUUUUUGAAAAAACUUCCGAACGUCAACAGCUUAACAAUCCGGGAUUAUUGUGGCAACAGAGAGCUUCGCGUUAUGGCUGCGGGUAUACCAAAACUCGAGUCGCUGGAUGUGUAUUCUUUCAACCAGCGAUUAUUCGAUGGCGUACGGUUUCCCGAAUUGAAAUCGCUGCGCAUCCACCAAAUGGAUGAAGACAUUGAUUGGGAAGACUUUACCCAGGCCAAUUCUCGACUGAUCGAGCUAACAAUAAACCAAAUUUUUGAUGAGGAGUUCCUCAACCAUGAUAACAUGGAAAUCAUCGCAACCAAUCUCAACCUGCAGUGCUUGAGACUGGGUGAAUCUGUUUCGGCCGAUAAGCGUUUCUUCGAAAUUGUACGCGAGAAAUGUCCAGACUUACAGAUAUUAGACUUGCACGAGUCUAACGUACCUGAUGAGGUGAUGGACCAGCUGAAGUGUGUUCGAUUGUGUGACAGUAAUGCAUUCGAACGUAUGGAAUAUUCAAGAUUUUGGAAUGAUUACGAUGGGCGACUUCCAUAUGAUGAAUCCGAUGAUGAUGAUAAUGGAUGGAUGGCUGGAGCAGGUAUGCUGGGUCCGUUUGAUCCUUAUUUAAUGGGCAUCGAUUUUGGCUACGAUGACGUGAAUGCUGAUAAUUAUGAAGAUUUCAAUGCUCCUGGCUGGCAUGUUGAUGAUGAUGAAGAUCUUUAUGAUUUGGACGAUUUGGGUGAUGAAUAUUGAAAUUUUCCCAACACUGUUCAGUUAAUGUGAUUUCAUUUUCACUUCCUAAGUGCUACCCAUCGAUUGAGUGUUUUUUUUUGAAGUUAAAUAAAUAUUUUC